CUCAGCCUCGGACCAGAUAAAAUGGUAAUAGACCUCACGGAUCCAAAUCGCCCCCGGUUCACAUUACAGGAGCUGCGAGAUGUAUUGCAAGAGCGUAACCAGCUGAAAGCUCAGCUUCUUGUGGUGCAAGAGGAGCUGCAGUGCUACAAGAGUGGUAUCAUCUCGCAAAGGGACCAAAUUGAAGAACUGGAGAAAGAGGCCAGCAGCAGCAGCCCUGGCCCCAGCAAGGACAGUCAAGAGAAGACAAUCAUCAAACGGCUGUUCUCUUUUAAACAUGGAAAAUGA